GCGACUUUUCAGAGUUGUGGUUAUCAUAGAGAGACACUAUAAUUACCCCCGAAUAAAGAGAAAUAAACAUGUUGAAAGUUUCGGAAAUAACCUCCUUGAAAAAGCGCAGAACAGGAGUAAAGAAAAGGCAAAAAGAAUCUCAUACAGCGCAGUAACUAUCCAUCCACACUGUCAAUAAUUUUGUUUUUUUACCUGUCUUUCAUUUCAUUUCAACUCUCUUCUUCUUCUUCUCGUACUCAUUCAACAAGACCCAGUGUCACUCUUACCCAACACGUGCAAACACAAUUCCAACUUCAAUCUCACAUGCUUCUUAGUUCUUACUGUUAUAUAUUUAUAUUCCUAAUUCUUAACCGUAGCAUCUGAAAUUAAAAUAAUCAUGGGUGGCAAUGGAAAACACAGGUGGAAAAUCUCCUUCCAUCGUUCUUCCUCUCACUCUAAACCCCUCCAACCUCCCAAUGAGUUUCUAUGCCCUAUCACCGGGUCAAUAAUGUCCGACCCGGUUGUUGUCUCCUCGGGUCAAACCUUCGAACGUCUCUCUGUUCAAGUUUGCACUGAUUUAAAAUUCUCCCCGGUACUAGAAGACGGGUCCCGACCCGAUUUCUCAACAAUCAUCCCCAAUUUAGCCAUCAAGAAAACAAUACUCAACUGGUGCGACAAAUCAUGUACCCAACACCCGCACACACCGGAUUACGACUCAGUGGAGAAGCUUGUAAGAGAAAAAAUUGCGGUGGUGGCGGAGGCGGAGAAGGAAGAACCGGUUAGGGUUUCUGAAAAGGAGCUUCUCAACGCGGUGGCGGAUAACCCGCCGGUGAUAUUCUCUCACGCUGCUACUGAGGUAGGGCCACGUGUCAACCAUUUCAACUCGGGAUCUUCAUCUGAGGAAUCGGUGAUCAUCCCGUCGAGUCCAGAGACGCCUUUACCUUUCACGGUUCGUCCAACGUGUUUCUCUCCUUCUUCAUCUUCCUCCUUCGAGAUCGAAGUCCAAAACCCUAACGUACCUGUUUCGGAAGAAGAGGAAAUUCUAUUGAAGAAGCUGAAGAGCAAGGAGGUUUUCGAACAAGAACAAGGGGUUCUCUCGCUUAGGAGCAUCACGAGGAACAGAGAAGAAACUAGGGUUUCGUUAUGCACGCCGCGGAUUUUGUCGUCGCUUCGGUCUCUGAUUGAAUCCCGUUACGUUGUGGUUCAGGUCAACGCUGUUGCUUCGUUGGUCAACCUUUCACUUGAGAAAUCGAACAAGAUGAGAAUUGUGAGGUCGGGAUUUGUUCCGUUUCUCAUUGAUGUGUUGAAGGGAGGAUCCAGUGAGUCGCAGGAACACGCCGCAGGUGCUAUUUUUAGUUUGGCUUUGGAUGAUGAUAACAAGAUGGCGAUUGGAGUUCUCGGUGCGUUGCAGCCGCUAAUGCACGCGAUGAGGUCUGAAUCGGAGCGGACUCGCCAUGACUCAGCGCUUGCGCUUUAUCAUUUGACACUGGUUCAGAGUAACCGUGUCAAGCUUGUGAAGCUUGGGGUGGUCUCCACGCUGAUUUCGAUGGUGAUGACGGGGACGAUGGCGAGUCGGGUUUUGUUGAUUCUCUGUAAUCUGGCUAUGUGUGUGGAGGGAAGAACGGCGAUGCUUGACGCCAAUGCGGUGGAGUGUCUGGUGAGUUUGUUGAGAGGAAACGAGUUGGACUCGGAGGCGACUCGUGAGAAUUGUGUUGCUGCUUUGUAUGCGUUGAGUCAUGGGAGCUUGAGGUUUAAAGGGUUGGCGAAGGAAGCGAAAGCUGUGGAGGUUUUAAGGGUGAUUGAAGAAACUGGGACAGAGAGGGCGAGGGAGAAGGCCAAAAGGGUGUUGCAGAAGAUGAGGGGUUUUGAAGAUGGUGAUGACGACGAUGGCGAGUUUGAUAGUCUUUUUGAAUCGGGUGGGUUGAGUCGAGCUCGUUACCGAGUUGCUGCAGCUAGGAACAACAACCUUAUCAAUUCAACUACAUUUUAGGUUUUCUCAUUUGGAUUUUGCCAUAUAUUUUUUCAAAAGGUUUGAAUCUGCUGGUAUAGGUUCUCUAGGAAAAGGCAUGAAUUAGUUUAUUGGUGUUGUUGGAUUUGGGUUGUAAAUUAUGGAGGUGGCCAUUUCAAACUUGCUAUUUUGAUUUAAAUUUUGUGGAUCAACUAUAAACAAGGUUUAGGACUUAAACUUGGUUAGUUGUUUGUAGCCUUGUGUGUACAUAACUCUAUAUUAGUACAAUGUUUACUUUUGGUUUACACACAAAAAAAAAAUCACAGAAACAUGUUUGUGUCUUGGUUGGUUCCUUUAAGGUUAUCAUCACUGAAGAACCAACAGUUUCGUUUGUUAAGGUUCAUAUGUAAUAUGAGUUUUCAUUAUAUCUCA